GAGAGAGAGAGAGGGAUAGAGGGAAAGUUCUGUGGUACGAGUCCUGUGCCCUCGGACUCGUUGUGCUAAAAACCUAUUUUGAAUAAUUAAAAUUCCGUAAGUGUUGCUGCUGAUGCUUGCUGCUUGCUGCAGUUGCACUUGAGGAAACGGCACCAACUUUUGCCAGAAUCUGCGGCUUCGUGCAGCAACAAUGAUAUAAUUAAUUCAAUGCACCCGAAUACGACAGCUUACACACGAAAGUCUUUCAAAUCCAAUUGAGUGCAACAGCCACAAGAACAAACCACAACAACAACGACAAAACAACAACAACAGCAGCAGAGAAACAACAACUCGAACCACUGAGCAACUUUAGCCAGCUACAAAAUGGCGUCACACAGCCCAAUGACGACAAUUAGCCCCAGCAAGGACAAACGAAGACAUAUCCGCAAUAGCAGGACAUAUCUGCCCCAAAUGCUGCGCCGCACACUCCCCCUUGUCACCAUUGUUGCCAUGCUGCUGUCACAGCACUGGGAAAGCGCCAGCGCCCAAGGACUGAUGUCCAAGCAUGAGCCCAUGUUCAUAUCACGUUCCGAGACAUUCAAAUUCAUCGCCGGGGAUAUAAUAGUGCUGCCCUGCGAAGUGGCCAAUACGGAGCCUUAUGUGGUUGCCUGGAAACGGGGCAUUGCCAUUUUAACUGCUGGAUCCGUCAAGGUAACGCCCGAUCCGCGCGUGAAUCUGGUUAGCGGCUUCAAUCUACAGAUACGUGAUGCUGUGCCCCAGGAUGCCGGCGAUUAUAUAUGCCAAAUUGCCACAAUGGAGCCACGCGAAAUAACCCACACCGUUGAGAUACUGGUGCCACCGAGGAUUCAUCACAUUAGCACCGGCGGACAUUUGCAAGUCAAAAAAGGUUCAUCAGUGCGCAUUGAGUGCUCGGCCUCUGGUAAUCCAACGCCAAAUGUGACUUGGAGCCGCAAAAAUAAUAUUUUGCCCAAUGGCGAGGAGAAGCUCCACUCACACGUCCUUUCAAUCGAGAAUGUGGAUCGUCAUAAGGGCGGCGUCUACAUUUGCACCGCCAACAAUGGCGUCGGCCAGCCCGCAUCCAGUCAGGUCGUCCUGCACGUCUUAUACCCGCCGGAAAUCUCUGUGGAGCGUCCCGUUGUCUUCUCGGGAGAGGGCCAUGAGGCGAUGCUGGUCUGCAUCGUGCAUGGCGAAACACAGCCUGAGGUAAUUUGGUUCAAAGACACCAUGCAAUUGGAUACCACCGAGCGCCACAUCAUGGAGAAUCGCGGCUCACGUCACACGCUGAUUAUACGCAAAGUGCAUCCGCAGGACUUUGGCAACUACUCCUGCGUGGCUGAGAACCAGCUUGGCAAGUCACGCAAAACUUUGCAACUGAGCGGAAAACCGAAUGUUGCCGUUUUUAAUUCACCGGCAAUCAGUCAAUACAAAGACAGAUAUAACAUCUCGUGGGCGGUGGACUCGCAUACACCCAUCGAGGAAUACAAGUUGUCCUUCCGCAAGCUGCCGCAAGGACAUGAGGUCGUUGACAAUGCCAUUGACUCGCAAUCCUCGUUGUCAUCCUCCUCAUCCUCAUCGUCGUCGUCGUCGUCGUCGUCACUCUCCUCUGGCUCCUCCUCACCCUAUGGCGUUGUCAGCCACAAUCAUCGCAUUGGCAGCAACUUGGCCAACUAUGGCGGCUAUGGCAAUCUGAUGCACUGGGGCCACAACGAUUGGCGCGAUGUUGUCCUGCCCGCCGUUCCCGUCUCCCACCACUAUUCGCAGGGCAUGAGCUACAUGGUUCGCGGACUGAAUCCCGAUCAGCAAUACGAGGCCACAGUGCAAUCCCGGAAUCGCUACGGCUGGAGUGACUUGACCAACAGCUUUUACUUCUCCACAUCAUCAAAUGAUGUGCUUGUCGAUCUGUCCACAUUCUUAAAUCACGGUCAGUCAGAUAACGAGAUGCGGGAUCUGAGUGUGACCUUCUAUGGCAGCGGUGCGGUCAAUCGACAGAAAUUGAGUCUGGUCACAUUGAGCGGCGUUACGCUAAUGCUGAAGCUAAUCUUGGCUUAGAUCUCAGCACACUUAGCUAAACAACUUUUUGGAUUUAAGUAACGAAUUUCACCGCCAAUAGCAUUAAAAUUGAACGGGUUUUGUUUUCGAAAACAGUUAUUAAUGGCAAACAGAAGAAAACAUUGGCAACAGGAAUGAGGUGUGCCAGAUAAAAGCAACUCUAGUUGUAACUAGCUUAAGACAUGCAACAUUUUCUCCAACUCAAACUCAAACUCAAACGCAACUCAAAACUCAACUUUCAAUUUUUGCAAUUUCUCAGAACGAAACAUUCCAAACAUUAACGAAACCAAAAAAAGAAAUCGCAUCCAAUGGAACCAUUUAUAAGUAUAUACUACGAUACAAUCAAUGUAAUAGCAUAAUCAACUGUGCAUACUACAAAAUACACUCACACACACACACACAUAAACACACACAUAGAUACAUAAAAUAUCUCAACAUUUCAGCACUCGAAUCUCCAGUGUAAAUAGAUUUUAUUGCAUACUUUUAGAAGUAGGUAAACAACUGCACCAAAGAAGUGAACGGGAAAACAAGUGGAUGAUAAACGAUGAAACAAAAGGAAGCUUGUUGAAUUAUAUAACAAUGCAACAAACAAUGGAUUGCAAAAAAAAAGGAAAAAGAAAAAGAGAGAAAAAAAUGAGAAGAUACACACAUACAACGUAUUUAAAAUGAUGUCUUGUCAUAAUAGCAUUGCUUUUGUGUGUGUAUGUCAGCGAUAAAUUGUAUCUAGUGUCUAGUAUCUUGUAUCUAGUAUCUAGUAACUUGUAUGUGUUAAUUUGAUUAACAUUCCAGUGCAUAGCCAAUUAUUCGUACUCAUACAAAAUGAAUUCAUAAAAUAAACAAAUUAAAGCAUCAAAUUGUGUAUUCAUUUGCGAACAUUUUGAGAUGGAAUACCAAACACAAGAUUGUAUUUCAAUUCCAAAAAAAAAAUAAAAAUAA